AUGGAAGCGAACAUUUCGCCGACCACGUCUGCUACUCGGGGAGAAGGAGAAGAAGAAGAAGGAGAAGAAGAAGAAGGAGAAGAAGAAGAAGAGGAGGAAGAAGAAGAAGAGAGAAGAAGGAAAAGAAGAAGGACAAGAAGAAGUAGGAGAAGGAGAAAGAAGAAGAAGAAGGAGAAGAAGGAAGGAAAGAAGGAGAAGAAAAGGAGAAGAAGAAGGAGAAAAGCAGGAGAAAAGAAGGAGAAGAAGGAAGAAGGAGAAGAAGAAGGAGAAGAAGAAGAAGGAGAAGAAGAAGAGAGAAGGAAAGAAGAAGAAGGAGAAGAAGAGAAGAAGGAGAAGAGAAGAAGAAAGGAGAAGAAGAAGAAGGAGAAGAAGAAGAAGAAGGAGAAGAAGAAGAAAGAAGGAGAAGAAGAAGAAGGAAAAAGAAGGAGAAGAAGAAGAAGGAUCCCUUCACAGAGAGGGGACGUUGUGUUGCAGUCUGCUAAUGUGUGUGCGUGUGCGCAGGAGGAUGGCCGGCGAGGAGGCGCGCGCGGGCGACCACCGCCUGCAGCUGCUGCAGGAGAUGCGGCAGCACAACUUCGACAUGAUCCGCUUUGCCUCCUACCGCACCGCCUGCAAACUGCGCUUCGUGCAGAGGAAGGCCAACCUGGCAUAGUCCAUACUGUUGACAUAUGGAAUGUUAUUGAAGCAUUCCGAGAAAAUGGCCUGAACACUCUUGAACCACAGACGGAAGUGAAUGUGUCUAGACUAGAAACUCUUAUAUCCAGCCUUUACCAUAAUCUGAAUAAAAGAUUGCCUGUAGCCCAACAGGUUCAUGUCGAAGCAUGUUCUGGGCUACUCCUCAACUGGCUUCUUGCAGCAUAUUCUGUUGAAAACAUGGGUAAAAUCAGGGUUUUCUCCAUUAAAGUAGCUUUAGCUACUAUGUGUGCUGGAAAACUAAUGGAUAAAUUGAGAUAUAUAUUCUCACAGAUCUCUGAUGCCAAUGGACAUAUGGUUGUGUGGCGCUUUGCCGAAUAUCUACAGGAAGUGUUGGCACUUCCUGCAGCGGUUUAUGAGUCUCCCUCUUUUAAUUAUACAGAGGGUCUUGCUACCACCAUCUUCUCUGGGGGAGGGAAGGUUACUGUAAAUGAUUUCAUGGAUACAAUGAUGUCUGAUCCUGGGCCUCAUUGUCUGGUGUGGCUACCUCUUCUUCAUCGUCUUGCCAGCGUAGAGACAGUGGUUCAUCCAACUGCAUGUGAUGCCUGUCAAAGAGAAGGCUUUUCUGGCUUUCGCUACCGAUGUCAAAAAUGUCACAACUACCAGCUGUGCCAAGAUUGUUUUUGGCGAGGACGCAUAUCAGGUCCACACACAAAUGAACAUGAAGUCAAGGAAUAUACUACGUAUAAAUCACCUAGCAAACAAAUAGGUCAUUCAUUAAGAAAAUCCUUUCGUUGUGUACCUGAGAAAGGGAAGCCUAAUAUUCCUCGUUUUCCUGAAGAACCAGAGAAAACACUUAACCUCUCACAUAUUGUCCCUCCAUCUCCUUUGCCUUCCCACAAUGGCUUCCCAGAGAGCAAUGUGGCUUCUCCGUUUGAUGGAGGAUCAAUGGACAGUCGAUCAACUGGUCGAAGUGGAAUGUGUUCCAGCAGCCCUGGCAAAUACACAUCAAGCUUGGAGUCAACCCGACUAGAUGAUGAACACAAGCUCAUUGCACGGUAUGCUGCGCGGCUAGCAGCAGAGGCUCGAUCUGUGCCUCAACCAAAUGCACAAAGGGCAGUUCCGAUGGCGCACGUAGGACGGGCUCCAUCUGAAGGAAGUUUGAGUUUGGACACUUCACGUGCACAAAGAGAACUCAUUAGCCAGCUUGAAGCCAAGAAUCGUGAGAUCAUGCGCGAGAUUGCAAGGUUAAGGCGGCAGCAGGAGCUGGAGGCCGCAGGAAUGGGGCCUGGAGAUGGAGGUAGCGGAGAGGAGAACCCGGCGCUAAUGGCUGAGUUGAGGGCUCUUCGACAGCGGAAAGAUGAGCUUGAGAGCCAUUUGGGGGCCUUGCAAGAUUCACGCCGACAGCUGAUGGUGCAGCUUGAAGGACUAAUGAAGUUACUUAAGAAUCAUCAGGCAUCACCAAGGUCAACGCCAAACUCCUCACCGAGGUCUACAAAGAGCCCUCCUCUUCCAACCAGCACUCCUUCCUCUCGCUCUGCACCUCCAACUCCGGGAGCCCCGUUGCAGCCCUCUAUGAUGACCUCUUUAGGAUCUGGAACAGACUCCUUGUCUGGAGUGGGGGGAGAUGUCAGGUCAGCAUUUGGGACAUCUGGAAUGAUUGGAUCCUCAACAUCAUCGUUAGCGGGUUCAGCAAGCAAUACUGGUACUACAAAUAGCAGUAGCCGCAGUCUGCGCAAUGACCUCCUUGUUGCUGCCGACUCCGUCACCAAUGCCAUGUCAACGCUUGUGCGUGAAUUGAAUUCAGAGGGCUCUGACCAAGAGGAAGGAGACGACAACAUCAGAAAGCCACUAGUUAUGCAGGCAGCUGGGUCCAAGCUUGCACUAGUAGCACUUUGUGGUUUCGGGUUGGCAGACUUUGAGACAGAGGAUGGGGAGUCGGACGGGACAGGCGCAGCAGCAGCCUUGUGGCGUGAGGAGAUCCGCAAACGCUACGAGCAGGAGUCGCAGUUUAUGGCCGAGCUACGUGCCCGCAACCUAGGCAACGGGCAGGAGGCUGAGGAAAAGCCUGCAUCAGAGGGCAAGGGCGGAACCGAAGAGCAGGCUCUCUUCGACAGUCAGCAGCAUCAGCUCCACCGUCGCCCCAGUGGUCUAACAGACGAUGACAGUUACAAAGAUGAUGAUGAAUCGUAUGUUCGGACCGACGACGAUGAAGGAGGUGCAACUGAAUGGGAAGAAGCUAUGAAGCGAUGGGUGAAUCGAUAGAAUGUAGAUUGUUCUUGGCAGGGAAUUGAUAUCCAUGAGUGCUUCCCAACUGAAUUGCCACAGCACACUCGUUUAUUGUUAUACAAGUAGAAUUGUGUACUACAAUGUUUUAAAGAACAGUCCUCAUCAAAUUUACGUGUAAAAUUAAAUUUAUACUCAUUGCUUGUGUUGUCAAGAGUAAACAAGAAAUAAUGUUAUCUACCUAACUUUAUUCAUAUUUUUCAUAUAAUUUUCUGUAAAAUGAAUAUUCUGAAAAAUGUUAGUGCUGCAGUGAUUGCCCUGUGCACUCGUGUUCGUGGAGCCUAAUCAAUGUAGUUAGACUUUUGGGUGCAAGUUCGAUGGCUUGUGUGUUAUGUAGCAUACAUAAAAGAAUACGUGAGAAUCAUUAUGUGCAUUGUAAUUAGGAUAGCAAAGAAAGUAGUUUCAGAAGAAACAUUUGCAUAACUCAUCAAUAUCUGAACUUAAGUUACCAGGGCAAAAUAUGUGUAGGAUUGUGAAAAGUACUGCACAUAACCAUUCACAACAUCUUUACCUACCUUUGUUGAAGUUGGACACACAUUUUCAUUUCUCUCUCUCUCUUCUUCAUUAUUAAUCAUGUUCUACUUCAUUGUUACUCACUGAAAAGUAUUAAAUGUUACCCACUAUCAGGUGUGCUGUGAUACUAAGCAGGAUGGGAAGCACUGAUUUACACUUUUAGUUAAAUAAUGGGUAAUGUCCUGUAAGUAUCCAUUUUGUAUCUUUUCCCUACGAUGUCCCAAUAUUUAUGAACCCAAGUGAGUUUUGCAUAUCAAAAUAUGCAUAAACUGUCAAUCUAUGUUCAAAUUUCAAAAUUGCUUUUUUGACUGCAUUAGACAAUGGUUUCUGUAAUAAGCAAUACACAGACGCAGUCUGAGUUGCACUUCUACAAGACUUUGCCACAGAAGAAUUUGUACCAAAUCGUUCUUUCACGUCAUAUAUUUUUUAUUUCGCUAAAACUUAAAGACAUUCAGAAAACUUAAAAGACAUUCCAUAACAAGUGCUGAAAAUUUGUUGAAAGUUACCUAUUCAAUAGUACUCAUUAAAUGCUCAUGAAUUUUUCAUGCAAAAUUUCAUUUUUCUUUCUAUGAGUCUUGCCAUAAACUAGUUGUUAGACAAAUAUUGGGGCGCUACAAUCAUCUAUGACAAUUUAAGUGCCAAGCACUGAGGGUGCUAUGUUUUUUGAAGGAAUUGCUGGUAGAACUUGGCAAAAAGAAGAUACUGCAGAAAGUGUAGGACGGUAGAGGCAUGCAGUGUUUAUUACAUGUCAGAGAGAAGAUACCUGAUGUCUAAGGUGAAGGACACAAUGCAAGUACUAUGGAAAAUGAUUUCUUUUUUUAAUGGAUGUCAAUUUGUGAGGAAAGGGGAGAUCAAAGAUUACUAGCAAUCUUUGCAUGAGAAGGUAAAACAUGUGGCCACUUGUAUAAUAACAAUUUGAAAAUGUUCUUAAAUGACAAAAUUCUAUCAGUGAAAUUUCCCAUAUCUGUAUAUUUCAAAUAACAUCAUUGAGUGCUAGACCAAUACUAGAGAUUGAGUUUCAUAUGGUAACAUUUGUGGAGGAGCCUAAGAUUGAGUGACAAAGUGGAAUUCCAGAUGCCACGAGAUGUUUCCCACUAGGAUAGAAGCUAAUCAGUAGUUAUGGUAGGAGUUAAUAUCUCGAUUUUAUUGCCUAAUGUUGUCCUUGCCCUGUGAAAACUGCCCAGCAUUCUGCCCAUGUUCAAGCCUUUCAGUUGUCGCAUCAUUACCCUUCCUCCCCUUGCCAGCCAAGUGCCAUUGAUAAUGAAGCUUGGAGAGUGUUGUGACGCCAGCCAAGACCAAAAAUAUUGAAUUUUGUUUUCCUGCUCACUGAAAGGAAUACGAUGGAACAUAAGUGCACAACACACAAUAUUCUUAUGUAUUUUUGGCUUCAAGGACCAUUCAUUAAAAAUGUUUAUAAAUAAAUAAAUCUUGAUUGUUAAAAUUAUGUGAUUUUAUCAAAGAACAAACACAAUUUAAACUACCCAACCAGCUAUAUGCCCAUUGCCCCAGCUAAGAUGGCAAGGUCUACUGCCGUUGAAAUUUGUGCUUUCCUGUGGUGGUAUCUGAUGAUCAAAAGCCAAUAUUGCACCCUGGGAGAAUAGUAGAUGAUUUGAGCCAAUUGUGUUAAUUGCAAAUCAUGCAAAUACUCUGAAGGCAGAAUAUCCGAAUGUUAUGCCAGUAUCUUCUUUUCAAUGCCAGACACUACUUCUUUUUUGUUUAGAUAUAUGGUGAGUAGAUUGUUGAGAGCACCUGUUUCCAUUCUUCCAUUUUAAUGAAUUGAAUUUUCAUUAAGGACCUAUUAGUGUACAUAUCAAGAGGAAAGGAUACAUAAUGGAAUGUUAAUAUAUACCCUACAGUGUAUACAAUUCUAAAUUUGUCUUGCCUUUUGGACACGUUGCAAAUUCAAUGCCUGUGAACUUCCUACAUGGUUUCAGCAUUGGAAGCACAGACUUCCUCAGGGACUAUAAAGCAAAAGGUUUGCUGACACAGUUAUGGAUAACAUGAAAUAUUUUCACAUUGAAAUAAAUCCACAAUAAUCCAGUGCAGUUCUUUGUGAAUUGAAAAUAAACUUUUACCUUUUUUGUUCUUUGUGACACAUACAACUACUAUUCGUUUCAAUAACCAUUUCAUAUUUGUCAUUAUUUUGUCUGACAACUUGGAUUUAUUUGUAGUUAAUAUUCAAGAACAUAAUCUGUUUAUAUGCUCAUAGGCAUUGAAUCAAACAGCUAAUCCAUAUUUAUGGCAGUCCACUUGUAAGGGAAAAGGUAAAGUACAAAAUAAUGUAUGCUAGUUUUGGUCAACUACAUCAAUGAAGACUGGUUAACUGAAUUAUUGGAAUGAAGGACUAUGGUAUCUUUGAAGGUCGUAAACUAUCAGUUAUUUUCAAGGACACAUUUACUGUAAUUGUUAUUAGACAUUUUCAAAAUUAACAAUUGUAUUGCUUCAUAGCCCAAUCGUGUUGAGAAUAUAAGUAUUUCUAAACGAUAGGUGUCUACUUUUCUAUAAUUAUAUGAGCAUAUAAAAAUUUCCUUUAACUAUUAUUCAGCAAGCAAUAAAAUUUAACUGUUAUUGCAUAAUUUUGUGGAUUCACAUAAAUUAUUGCAAAUAAAAAUGGCUUCCAGAACAAUUACUGUGAGCCCACAAGAUUACUCGUGACUUCAAGACCAUAGUUUUUCUAUUUCUGGACUAUAUUUAAGAGGAAGUACACUGCUGCUUUGUAAACUCUUGGAUAUCUAGGUAGUGGUGCGCUAUUUCGUUCAGUUCAAAUGUUCUUGUUACUGUCACAUUUAUAGGAAUGAAGCAGGUUUUUCUUUAUGCAGCAACUUCUUUCUAGCAUAAAUCACAGUGUUCUUGCAAAUAUAAAUGUAUAAUGCCAUUAUUUUACUGUGAUAUUUAAAAAAAACAAGUGUGAGUGCCACUAGCCUAGAUGUAUUCAGUGUUUGACACUAGCCUUUGUCCACCAUUAUGGAUGCAGCAAUAUUGUUUUUGAGCAGACUGUAUACUACACACUACUUGUACAUAUAUAUUCAUAGAUUACUAAGAAUUGUCUGUUCCUAAAACUGAGGAAUUCCAUUCUGUUUAGCCCCUUGGAGAUGGAAUUAGGCCUAGAAUAAGUGGCCACAGCCUUCACGUGUACCACACUUUUCAAAAAGCAGCUUCUCACAUGCUACAUUCCCUCUGAUUUUUAUGCAAUGGCACAUAAAACUGAUACUUUGUUGUGCAGAGAAUAUGUGUAUGCACAGUUUAAAGCAAGGAAGCUGGAUGCAGCAUUCUUGUCAAAGAUGUUUCAAGUACUGCACAGUUAUGCACGAAUCCAGUUUGGAGGGAACAGUGUGUUGGGGAGGUUUUGUGACUUACUAAAAAUGUAGAAGAGCCCAAAAUACCCUCCUGUGUAGCCAAGGGGCUUUUAAAUUUUGAAACAUUCCAGCACAGCAUUCCAUUAAACUAAGGAUUAAAGUCAGUUAGUGCUGUUAAUUGUGAUAAUUUUAUUUUAAUUAUUACAAGCAGUUAACUUUCAGAAGCAAUUGUUUUAAUUUCUGAAAUGUUAAAAACAAUUCUCUGUGGAGCAGCUUUCUCAAUAAUUGUUGAGUUUUCUUUUUGGAAUUGAUCUAGUGUAAAUAGCAUGUUUGUGCAAAUUUCAUCAAAUGUAACAUGUUGAAAUGCAUUAGGUGUAUACAAAUAUUAUAAUGCAUCUGAAAAACAAUGUGGGCUUGGAAAACAAAACCAACAAAAUGUGCUCUUCCUAUCAAGAAACAGCAUUCACAAAGAAAACAUCGAAUCACUUAAUUUUUAAUUUUUUUUUUACAUUAUUUUUAUGAUGUAAACCAUUUCUUAGAAAAUAUUAAUUUUUGACACUCCAUUUGUCAUUGUUUUUAAUGAGAUUGUGAUAAUAUUACUGUAGAAGCCCAGUAGUAUAUAAAAAGAUAUCUAAAGAACUACUGCAUUUAGAACAGAAAAGAGGACUGCAAAACCUGUUUUCAUCCCCGAUGAAAAGGAAGGAAAUGUUCAUGUGAUUUCUUCUUCAGGCUUAAUAUUACCUCACGGAUCAGAGAUGCUGACAAAUUCAUAUCAUGAGUGAACUCUCUUAGAUAGCACCUUUUUCAAUGGUUUUGUUUUCAUUUAGCCUUUUUUCAAAUGUUCCUUUUUGAUGAGUGGUUGUUAAUUGAAGUUAAUACUGCUGUACAUAAAUAUAGGGCAUUUAACUUAAAAAGCGCUUUGUGUAAACUGUGAGACUCGAUAAAAAAAUGUGCACCAACAUUUUGUUGCUAUUUAUUUAAUAUGUGAUUUUCUUUACAGGAGCACCAAAAAAUUUCCUGUCUUUCAAUCUAGACUUUUGGGUUUCUUUUUUGAAGUUACAUUAUCAUAAGAAAAUUAUGUGAAUUUUAGUUGAUACAAGAUUUUAACGGUAAUGAAAAUUAAAUGGGUCAAGGAGAAUAGCUACUUCAUGAAUUCAUGACACUAGGAAGGGACAAGUACUACAGCCACACAGCAAAUUACCACAUCAAUCCUCUACACCCCUGUUGCUUAGAAAAAUAGAACAGGAGCAAACAAAUAAUUAUUUUUAACAAUAAUUAUACAAUUU